AUUUUUUCUUCUGAAGUUAGGUACAAGUGGGAAAUUUUGUACUUCAUAAACGUGAAACAGCUAAACGCGUAAAUUUUCCAUUGUUCGACUGUCAAACUGGACUGUCAACAAGUAAUAACGUGUAAGCUACCGAUAAACAGCGACGAAAUAAAUGCAAUUCAAUGUAGUAGACGUGGUUGAACACAGAUUCUACACAAUAUAACCUCGACAUGAUCUGCAAAAGUUUUCUCCACGACGUGACCGGGCAUGUGGCCGAAAUCACGUCACCUAACAAAGCGAUAAUCCACUUCACGUUGGACAGUGUAUUGCAAACUGCAUUUCUCAAAAUUCAGCGAUUCUACAAAGACGGAAAAUGCCUACCUGAUAAUGAAAAUCUCAACAAAUAUAUUAAAAUCGCCAACAAGGUGAAGUUUUCUUGUCACCUUAUCGACAAUGCAGAGCCUGGGCAGUGCAAAUGGUUCAUAACGAACUGCUGGCGGCAUAUUGAAAGCGAGCAGCAUACUGCGACUUUGUCAACCGGCAUAAUGAACGUCGCAGGAACAGUGAUGGACCUGAAGCAACGUCACGGGAUGUUAGUAAUGACUGACCUGCUGGAGAAUGAAUUUAGGGUUCAUUUUCUUGCCAGCAAAGUGUAUAUCUAUGGGAAAAGGUUGUCAGCAUCGAAGCCGUUGUCCAGCCAUCUCCAGAUCGAGGACAAAGUUUAUUUUGACGCAAUACCGUGCUUUCCGGAAGAAAAUAAUCAAAAGUGUAAUUGGUUCGCGACUUGCGUUCACAAAGGGAAAAAGCCCGAGGAUCUGUACAAGGAUCCAAAUAGAAUUGAGGCCACUGAGACUGACAAGGAUGGACUUAACAGGAGUGUCAAUAAUUUCGUUUUGAAUAACCAAGUGUCUUCUAGUCACUGUCAGCAACAAGAACUUGUACCACCUGAGUAUGCUUCAACCAUCAACACAUGUGAAACUGUCAAACAGACGCACAGUGCCAACGUAGAUAAUUCAUUCAACAAUUCAUUCAACAAUUCAUUCAACAAUUCAUUUAACAAUUCAUUCAACAAUUCAUUCAACAAUUCUGGUCUUGGGGAAAUGGAAUCAUCCAAAGAAGAUGCCAAUCCAAGAGCUGAACAUGACCCAAAACUUAAUGCCAAGAUGUUGCAUGAUAUUAAGCUGUUAACGAACAAUCCCAAAGCAGUGUUUGCUAAAAGUAACGGUAUCAUCAUGGGUAUAAUAAAUGAAGAAUACGGCGUGAUAUUGGGGGAAUUUCAACGAAACAUCUUUGAGAGUAUCCUGUUUCAUCGUAGCAAUGCAUUCCUAUUCAAAAUGAAUCUGGCCCACUCUAAACUUUCAGAAAUCUUCAUUGAAGGUGAUCGAGUAAGAUUCAUCGCUGUCAAUGCGCCUAAGCAAUUCGUUUGCGAGUGGAUCGCCACGCAGGUAUCCGUUGCAAACUUUGCAGAGGAAGGAGACGAGCAAGGAGAGGAUCACGAAGUGCCGAUAGUAGAAGAAUCCCCCAAUGUACAAAUUUUAGAAUAAAACAAAACAAGUCAAAAUUGUUGACCAUUAAUUACUCGAAAGUCAGACGAGAAGCAACUUUUCCGGUAAUUUCUCAUCGGUAAAACGCGUCUUCUAGUCAGCACAGUUCUAUUUUUGUAUACGGACGCCGUAUCUACCCUUCAUGGCGCAGGGAGAUACAGGAUCUGUUUCUUUCCCUUCCAUCCAAUCAAUGCUUCUUAUACUUUCUUUCGAUUAGAUUCGUUUCUCCGACGAGUAGGAUGCGUUCUUUUGCAUCGUGUAUAAUACAUAAUAGGUAUUCAUACCUGUUUGCAUUUAUCCUCACGCAGAGGUAAGAAUAUCACUGUGCUCGUUUCUUCAACGCGUUGUCUGCAUUGCAGCAAGCGACUCUUGUGGGCGAUACGGAUAAGAAACGUAUGUACGCAGUCCAGGUGUCGUAGUAUUUUUUACGUAACUGACUUUCGCGUCUUUGAUGCGUUUAUACGUGGUCGUUUAUUUUUGGUCCUUUUUUGUUCGCGCAAUACAAAAUACGUUUGCUCAUUUUUUUCUACGCUUCAACGUACAACAGUAAAUCAAAUUAGGAUGUAUCAAUUGCGCCUGAAUGCCUAUAGAUUCACACCGGUAUUAUAGAUUUUUACUAUAUUUAUACCAUCUGUGAUACAUAUAACUGUUAUAAGUGAGGUAAAUUUUUACCUUGUUAUGCAAAAUAAAUAUUUUGAACUCUG